ACAGUCUCUUCUCUCCACCUCCUCACUGAUUCACCCCUGGCUGCCCUCUCUUUAGACCAGUUUUCAUUUUUGCUUUUUCUCUCGCAUCACUACUCUCGGACGGACAUGGGUUUCAGAGGCUUCAUUGUUCUGGUUGUGUUAAUGGGAAUGAGGGGGGGUUCCACGGCAGCAAUCAGCCUGAAGGACGUGUCAGUUCAUCCGAUCUUUGUCGCUGCAUCACAGAAAGAAGACCUGACGGUGGAGGAGGGAGACGGGGAUGUAAUGGCAACCGGCGAGCUGAACCCCAAUCACUUUCCUGCACGAAGGGCAGCGAAGGUUGUCCAGCACUACCUGAACACGCGCUACGGCUCGCCGUACAGGCUGUUUGGUUUGGAGGAGGUCCUCAGUGCCACGGCGGAGGAUGUGGACGACACGGGAAGACGGUACCACCUCCAGAUCUCAGCGCAUGAGAUUAUCAGCAAUAGGAAGCAGAAGUGCUCAGCAGAGGUUUUCUUUCCGCGGGGGGAGCCGACACAACCAGCUGAGGUGAAGGCCUCCUGUGAGGAGCUCCUCCAGAACACCACGGCUCAAGAGGAGGCCUUAUACCAGCGGUACAAGGGGAACCACAGCCUGCUGUCCGCUCAGUACAUACCAGACAGCCAAGGCAACAUUGAGCCUGACAUGAUGCCCUUCUGGCACCUGAGCAUCGCGGCUUCCAGCUUCAUCAUGCUGAAUGAAUCCACGGAAAACACUCUGUACAACAUGGCUCAGGUGGCCCAGAUCACGCAGCUGGAAACUGAGAGUGACGAGCUGAAGUUUGACUCCCUCAUGUUGCUCCAUGACAUGGUGUCUCAGGAAAUUCUUCACUGGAAGCUGCUUUUCACAUGGUCUCCAGCAGGGGGCGUUAAAGUGCAGCAGAUGAAGCAGAUACCAAAACCGCAUCACUGAAUGUUAAAGUACAAAAAAAAAUGCUGGCAUUCACCUUGUUGCCAUGACACUAUUUUGUACUCUUUUUACCACUUUAUAAAUUGUAUUUGGCAGAAGAACAAAAAGUAAAAUUUAUCCUGACUGAAAUGUAUGCUUAAUAAUAAAUUUCACAAAAUGUU